AUGCGGUUCUUCUCAUCUUCUGAUUGUAGGGUUUUCAGAGCGAAGCUCUUGCUGCAUGUGGAAUUUAGAAGUGGUCCUCCUUUGUUUGUGAUUACUAAGUUGUCUAGUGUCCGAAAUAGAUUGGAGUGGAGGCGUUCAGAAUUGGGAAGUAGGGACUGGUCCAUGGGUCCAAAUGAGCCCUACUGGCGUACAAAUUCAAGUUUUUCACCACCUCCAACAAGGUGGGAUUUCAGAUUCCAGUCUGAAGAGAUCCCAUAUAGUGUGAAUGAUGGCAUUCAACUCUACGGAUCUUCUACAUCAUCAAAUGAUAAAGAAAGUAGGGGCUGGGUCAGAGGCAACCAUCUUUAUGAUCUUCACUAUUCUGCUUCAGAUGGUACUGGUAUUUUCCUUAGCAGUCCAUCGGACCUUUCUCAGGGUCCUCAGUGGACGCCUCCUGCAAUACAAGAAAUUAGCAUUGACAAUUAUGAAACUUCAGCUAGGAAAGAUGCUCAUCCUUCUGCGGGUAGGGUAUCUUUUACUCGCACUAAGGAGGGAACAUCCGGAAAUCCCAUCAGUGGGGGAUCAACAUCAUCUCUGUCGGAAAGUAGUGAAUCCGAGUCCACUAUAAAAUCACAUUUAUCCUGUCAGAGGAAUUUCUCCAAUCUUCGUUCUUUCAUCUCUAAACCCAUUCAUCCUAUGUCUUUUAAUGACCUAUCAACUACCAGAGAUGCAUUUGAUCCUGCAGUUACAGAUUUUACAGAGUUUGACACUUCUACUCCACUCCGAGAUGGCCAGCGUUGGAGUAGUGCCAGCAGCAGUCAAGAGUUUGCUGAUGUUACAGAGUCAUUUGAAUUAGAAACACAUGGUCGACCAAAUUUUCCUUCAGAUGGAUUAAAGUGUGGCUUGUGCGAAAGGUUUCUCUCACAGAGAUCACCAUGGAGUUCCCGUCGAAUUGUGAGAAGUGGAGACAUGCCUACGAUUGGGGUUCUUCCUUGUUGUCAUGCAUUUCAUGCUGAAUGUUUGGAUCAAACAACUCCAAAGACACGGAAAAGCGAUCCUCCUUGCCCUGUUUGUGUAAAACUGGAGGAGGAAAAUUCCUCUGAUCAACGGGGCUUUUUGAGAUCGAGGAAUGGUUUUCCUAGGCUUAAAUCAUCUCGUGACGAUGGACCUUGCAGACCUUGGGGUUGUGCACAGGUAGGUGAUUGUGUUGAAGGGGCUCUGCAUGCACCGCCACGCAAUGCUAUGUUCCUGCUUAAUCGAAAUCGUGUUAAAAAGAACCUGUCUUUGAAAGGUAGUAUAAGCAAGGAAUUUCCAGGUAAGGUGAGGAAAAAUGGGACAUUUUCUUCACACCUGUCUACUGGAAGUUCAGCUCAGGGGGAGGAAGUUGGUUUCUCCAAGGCAACUGCUGGUCCAAGUGUGUGGCGGUGA